GAGGAGGAGGAGAGAGAGAGAGAAAGAGAAAGAGAGGGAGAGAGACAGAGAGUGAGAGAAUUUUCAGUGCUCCUUUAUAGCAGUCUUCCUAUUCCCUUCCUGACCUGAGGUCCUGAGAGGAGAGAGAGAGAGUGGGAGAGAGAGAGUGGGAGAGAGAGAGAGGGGGCUUGUCUCUUGUCUAUAGUGAUGGCACACAGUAGCUAAGCACAAGUGGCCGGCACCGGGAAUCCAAGCAGUCACCACAAGUGGACCACCCAGGAAAGGACUUUAGUGGAAAACUUUACUACUGCAAGCUGUCUACUAUUUACUAAAGCUGGGGACCAUACAACAGCAGGUAGAGGAUGAGGUCCAACAGCAGCGGGGUGGAGACCCCGGCCGACGACGUGCUCGGGGUCCCCCAGGGCAACGAUGACAUCGGCCAAGAACAGGAAGUGGUCUUACCCAUAAAGAGCCUGAAGGUCAAAGCUCACCAGAUGGAGGAUGAGGAAAAGCUCGCGCUGGAGGUGAUCUCUGGCAAAGAGAAGUUACCCUUGGACUCCACAGAGGCUGAAAUACAAAGGCCGGCCAUUAUGGACCUGUCUAAAGCAGACCUGCUGAAGCUGCUGGGGGUCAUGGAGGGAGAGGUUCAGGCCAGAGAAGAUGUCAUUCGCUUGCUGAAGUCCAAACAGACUCGCCCAGAGGCCUUGGAGUCACGCUACGGUUCGGCAGUGCCUGGUCCAGCCCUGCAGGCCCUGCAGAGGGACAGUCUUAUCACUGGCACAAAGCAGCACGGCCACAAUCUCCAUCACAGGCCUGUGCUGGAGCUGGAGCGACUGCAGGAGAAGCACAAGGAGACGUACCGGCGCAUGCUGGGUCAGUUGCUGCUGGCGGAGAAGUGCCACCGCCGCACCGUGCAGGAGCUGGACACGGAGAAACGCAAGCACGUCGACUACAUGAACAAGAGCGACGACUUCACCAACCUCCUGGAACAGGAGAGAGAGAGAUUGAAGAAGUUGCUUGAGAACGAGAAAGCCUACCAGGUGCGGAAGGAAAAGGAACACUCUAAGCGCCUGGCCAAAGUACGAGAGGAGCUGGUCAAGCUGAAGUCCUUUGCCCUGAUGCUGGUGGAUGAGCGCCAAAUCCACCUGGAACAGAUGGACAAACAGAGCCAGCAGGUCCAGGAACUUGGCCAGCAGCUAAAGCAGCGUGAGCAGGCACUAAGUGAGGCCAGCAGGCGUACUCAGGAGGACAGCCAGAGGGUGCUUAACCUGGAGGCUGAGCUCAAAGAGAAGUCAGCCAAGCUCACCCAACAGCACGAGGAGAUGAGUGCCAAGCUGGCAAGUCAGGAGUCUCACAAUCGCCAUCUUAAUGCCAAACUUGCUGGGCUUGCGCACAAAGUGGAAGAACUAGAGAAAAGCAAUAAGGCACUAAGGAAAUCUGAGGAGGAGCUUCAGGAGUUGAGGGAAAAGAUUGGCAAAGGGGAGUGCAGCAACUCCAAUUUAAUUGCUGAGCUAGAAAACCUGCGGAAGCGGGUGCUGGAGAUGGAGGGAAAGGAUGAGGAGAUUACUAAGACUGAGAGUCAGUGUAAGGAGCUGAGGAAAAGGCUGGAGGAGGAGGACAGUAAAAGCAAAGACCUGAGGUUAGAUGUAGAGAAGCUCCAGAAAAGAAUGACGGAGCUGGAGAAGUUAGAGGGGACAUUUAACAUCAGCAAGGCUGAAUGCACCCAGCUACACAACACUCUGGACAGAGAGAGGGACCUGACCAAAGAGCUGUCUGAUGAACUAGUUGCACUCAGGAUUCGAAUGAAGGAGCUUGAGUCUUCUGAGCUGAGAUUGGAAAAGUCUGAGCUGAGCCUUAAAGAUGACUUGAGUAAGCUGAAGUCAUUGACUGUUGCUUUGAUGGAUGAAAGAAAAAACCUGUUGGAAAGGGUGAAGUCAGAAGAGAAGAAAAAGGAGGAUUUGAGUAAGAUGGUCAAAGUCGAGCAGGGUAAGGUAAUGGAGGUGACUGAGAGACUGAUAGAGGAAAGUAAAAAGCUCUUGAAACUAAAAUCAGAGAUGGAAAGCAAAGUAGGGGCACUAACCGCAGAAAAGGGGGAGCUCAGAGCUAAACUUGCUUAUGAAAUUGAUAAAAGUAAAGAUCUAAACUCUAUUGUCAGCCAAAUGAAAAAGAGGUUAGAUGGGUUUGAACAAGCAGAGAAGCUUCUGGGACGAGUGUCUGACCCUUCAAAGACAGAAGAUAACAAAAUAAAAGAACUUACCUUUGAAAUCGAGCGCUUGAAAAAACGUCUCAAACAACUUGAGGUGGUAGAAGGAGAUUUGAUCAAGACGGAGGAUCAAUACGACCUCUUGGAGAAAAAGUUCCUGACCGAACAGGACAAGGCCAACAUUCUUUCUCAGCAGGUGGAGGAAAUGAGGAAUCAGAUAGCACGGAAUAAAGCAAUUGAGAAAGGAGAAGAGAACAGCCAAGAAGAAGAUCUCCGACAGCGUUGCAAGAGAGAGGAGGUCAAAACCAGAGACUUGCAGGGCGACAUUGUGGCCCUCAAGGAGAAGAUUCAUGAGCUGAUGAACAAAGAAGACCAGCUCUCUCAGCUCCAGGUGGAUUACUCUGUCCUACAGCAAAGGUUUUUGGAAGAGGAAGAGAAGGCCAAGAACAUGGGCAUUGAGGUUUUCCACCUCACCAAGGAGCUGGAGGUGACAAAGCGUCACAGUCGUGCUCUGCGUCCCAGCCUGAAUGGGAGAAGAAUGGUGGAUGUUGGCAUGACAUCUACCGGAGUGCAGACGGAGGCGUUACCAAAUGGACCGGCUGAGGAGGAUACACCAGCUGUGUUUAUCAGAAAGUCUGUCCAGGAAGAAAAUCACAUUAUGAGCAACUUCAGACAGAAGUGCCUGAAGAAGCCAACUGAGAAGACUACUGCUCUUGAACGCUGCCCUUCAUCUAGCAGCGACCUAGGCAUGAAGAAAUCCUGGAUUCCCUGGAUGAGGAAAAAAGAAAACAACCCUCAAGGGAAUAGCCUGGAAAAGACAUUGCACAUCAACGGAGAGGCCUUACCUUCUGAACUGACCAUGACCCAAAAGCAAGGGCAGCCAUUACACAUUCGAGUGACUCCAGACCACCAGAACAGCACAGCCACUCUUGAGAUCAGCAGCCCCACUGCUGAAGACUUCUUUUCCAGUUCGGCCCCAAGCCCCAACCCUGCACAGCCCAAGUCCAAAAUCACAAUCAUUCCCACGCAAUCUGCAACCACCCAGAAGGGGAGGUCCAUCACUGGGUCACGGGGCCCUGAAAGAGCCAAAUCCCCAGUCACCAUCACAACCAUAUCCAGGGCUAAAUCUCCUGAAACCAGUCAAACUGCCUCCACAGCCUCUGGAAGGCCUUUGUCCCCUAUCUCUAUUAUGACAGUCAGCACUUCUGUAGUAUCUGAUACAUCUACCUCUCCAGAGCCUCAGGAGAUGACCAUGGGACGGGCUGUGUUCAAGGUCACCCCAGAGAAGCAGAUGGUCCCAAUGCCCAUCAGGAAGUGCCACACCAACUCCAACAUCAUCACCACCACUGAAGAUAACAAAAUCCACAUUCAUUUAGCCAACAACAACAUUGGCCCAAAGAUGGUGGUCAGGCCAGUUGCUACUGCAACAGACAGCAAGGAGAUGAUGACCUUAUCCACUGGGACAGUUUUGCGUUCGCCCCGCCAAAUCACCACCACUGCUGCCAGGACCAUACCCAGCAAAGUGACGAGCAGUAUAACCAUUACUCCCGUUACAUCUACCCCUUCUAGACCAUCACAAACCACAACUGGGCAAGAAGCCCACCCACCCCGUACAGGGUUAACCCGCAUCCCAAUGUCCAAGAGCCUGAAGACGGGAAAGGCUGUACUGGGAACCCUGGGUAUCUCAAGUGGCGUACGGCUGGAUUCACGAGCAGAUAAUCAGUCCAUGAGAAUAGAAGUGAAGAAAUCCACAGUGAGCAGUUGUGCCUUUCAAAAUGGAGGAAAAGGCUGAUAAUCCUAAUGAAAAGUUUUGGGCACAGGAAUCAACUUGUCAUACAAGGUGUUAAAUCUGCAUGUGGUGCUCAAAAAUAUCACUGAUGAGGAACUCAUAGAUGGUGCUACAUGGUGCUGCAGAAACAGACAAUAGACAACUGCGUUAGCCUUAGCGAUACAGUGUGUUUUACACAACUGAAAACUAUUACACUAAACAUUACAGAUAUCUUAUUGCAAUAAUAUUGUUGUACUUGAAAAUGGGAGUAUAUCUGACAUUUUUACAAAUCCUUUUGGGCCUUUCUGUUUUGUAUCCUUGUCUGUCAUGUAGAAAAAUGUGGCAACCAGUUCAUUUACAAAUACAGUAUGUAUUUUUGAGGGGAUUUGAAUGAGAAAUUAUGUCAGACUAUGCCACUACAUUGCCUUUUUUCAUAGUGAGUGGUUGUUUCAUCUUUGUUAGGUUUUUGUUGAUAUAUUUUAUAAAGAUAUUGAUUUAUCAGAGGUCACAAUAUUUGUUUCAUGUAAGGGAUGUUUCUUUUUUGCGUAUUUUGUAAUGAGAUGUAAUUUAAAUAAAAAUGCUUUUGAAAAGGGAAGAUGCCAUGUUCAAUCUAGAACAGCACAGUAUCAGAAAAUGUAGCAACGCAAAUCCAUAUGCACUUUUCAUUCAAGUUGGCAGGGUACACUGCAUCUAGCCAUUUGUAGUUCCAUAUCAGUUUAUCACAGUCGAAGUUUAUAUUUAACUCAUCACAACCAUAUAAUCCAGAGGGGGCUCUUAUUAUCAUCUCCCAUCAAUAGAACAUCAAUUUAUUGUUUAUAAGCUUCAUCGAUUCACAAUUCCUAGUCGAGCAGAUGUGUUUCAUGCGGCAUAUUUGCAGUCUAGACAGAGUUCACACUAGGGCAGCAUCAUCCAAUGGUGA